UACCACUUUUGACAUUAAGCUGUCAAAUGAUUAAACGUCAAAAAUGAGUUCACCUAACCUACAAUGCAAUCGUCAAAUGAUUUUUUAUGCGUAGAUUGUAGAGAAAACUUCGGAAGUGCUUCGGAGUUAUUAAAACAUUUUGCCCAACAUGUUUCCACGGACAUAUUGAACAAUUUAAAGCAUGAGGAGAAGUUAAACAAAAAACAAAACGUUCCUGAUUUGUACCCAAUAAGUGUUUAUAAGCAAUUACAGGAUGGGGAUCAAACGAAACCGAAGGAAACCGACGGUUUUAAUCCGUUAAAGUUUUGCGAAGUUACAAUGAAUGAUAAUUUUCAAAAUGGGGAAGGUGAAGAUGGUGUAAAAUCGGAUGAUGACGAUGAUGAUGAUUCCGAUUCAAUUUCUUCCAAAUUUCAGUGUAAGUUUUGUGGUUACAGUUGUAUGAAAGGUAGUUUAUUAAGAAGCCAUAUGAAAUAUCAUAAACACGCCAAAAUGUCAGAUAUCCCUGGUUUGAAUCCGAUGAAAAUGAAGUCAAGGAAACAGGAAAAGUGUAAUAUAAAGCGGAAAACGUAUGGAACCAAAUUGUUGCGCCAAAGCAAUGAGUUGCUGUGUACAUAAAAAUGUUUUGCUCAAAAAAACUAGUAUUUUUACCAAAGUCGUAUUUACAAAAAAAAUCUUCAAAUAUUUAAUAAAGCAUUUAAAUGAGAAGAAAUAAGUGUUGCAAUGGUUUACUUAAUUUUAUGUGAUUUAUUUAUAGUCAUAUAAUGGUUUAUUAUUUUUAAUUUUCAUAAUAUAUUAGUUGUAUUUACAAUCUUGAUUUUGUCAUAUUUUAAUAUACAUUUUAUUUAGGUGAAUA